AUGAAGAUCUCUCAAUCUUGCACUGUCCUUGCUAUCCUAGCAUUCACGCAUGCUACUCCUGUCCCCGCAGACAACCCUCAAUCUCUCGCUCUCCUCCCACGCAGCGACUCCGGAUCUACAGAUGUCAUUGUACACGAGGCCACACACAGCAGCACUCUGGAAAAGCGCACCAUCGAAGGGAGUACAACGGGCUAUACUCCAAUAACCAAUGUGAAGAAGACCUUGACGCUGGCUGCUGGCGAGUCCAUCUCGGCGUAUAUCAGCGACUUGCCCGGCGCUCCUGGUGGUGAUAUCUUCGCAAAAGGUGUUAAUGGGCAGGCUUCUGCGUAUGAGGAUAUUACUAUUGCGGGAAACCACAAUCUUAAGAUGGAGUUCAAGUCGAACUAUUAG